AUGGAGGAGAAGGUCACUAGUUCACCUCUUACAGCAGAGGACACUAUUGUCAGAUCAGGAGAAAAAGAAGAAAGUAAAAGUGAUGAGAUAUCAACUACUAAUGAGAACCAGACAAAAUCAUUCACCGGGUUGUUAGAAAAUUCGACGGAUUAUUCACAAUAUUAUCAGGAAAGUGAGGGUUUACCAAAGAUGGACUCGAGCAGUGGUAAUGCUCCAGAUCGGAAAGAAUAUCGCUCGAGAUCAAAUAGAAAAGAUAGUGAGACAAUCGAAGAAGGGGGCAAUGCUUUCCGAUGUAAGAAGGUUCAUGUUCAAUCUCCUAGAGAAUUGAGAUACUAUGGAGUUCCAGAUUAUCCUGAAGUUCAUGAUUUUGCAUGGUGCCUUGUUCGAAAUUUGCAUGAGCUGGAUAAAGCGUUAGAGCGACUUCAUUUGAUGGAGCGUAUUGAUACAAAAGCGCUGCUCCGGGUUUCUCAACAAGACCCGUACAUUGUGGACGAAAUCAUCCAAUUUUUCGAAAAGCAUUAUAAUGUGAAGGCUACAAAUCCAAGUUCUUAUCUUAUGUCUGUAACUCGGAAAUUCCUUACAAAGCACGAGUCUUAUGCAAGAAACUAUGAUAGUCAUGACUCGUAUCAUCGAGAAAGUUUACGCGAAGAUGACCGAAGAGAUUAUGAGCGGCGCGAUAUUCAUGAUGAUAGAAGAGAUUAUGAGCGACGUGAUAUCCGGGAUGAUCGAAGAGACUAUGAUCGACGCGAUAUUCGAGAUGAUCGAAGAGGAGACGACAGAAGAGGAGAUGAUCGAAGAGAUGAUCGAAGAGACGAUCGAAGAGAUGAUCGAAGAGACGAUCGAAGAGAUGAUCGAAGAGACGAUCGAAGAGAUGAUCGAAGAGACGACAGAAGAGACGACAGAAGAGGAGACGACAGAAGAGGAGACGACCGAAGGGACGAUGAUCGCUUCGACACUCAUCGAAGCUACUCAAGUCACUCCAAUCCCAUGGACCGAAGAGCGGACCAUUCAGAACGCAGAGAUGAUCGACAAGAUCGCGACUACCGCAAGACCUCGCGCGGAUUCAGCACCGGUAGCUACCAUCGAAGCUUCCAUCGUGACGAGAGUCACGACAUGCAUCACAGUUACCGCUCGUAUCCUUCUGACUAUCAUCCGCUCGACUAA